UGGUAGUGCAAGGCCUUUGCUUUUUGCUUGUAUUAUCCUCAUCCUCGCCAAUUUGCAGAGGGAAGGGCGAAGAGUAAAGAUGAUUCAGUAUCGGAAAACAAUUAAGAUCUUAAAAUGGAUUUUCCAGAAGCAUCGCAACGAGCCAGCUACAAGGUCAAGUAAAGACAAUGGUGAAGGAGAAAUGAAGACUGUGGCAUCUGAAAAGGCUUCGAAUUGGAUCAUUUAUGAAUCGGGGGAGAUGGAGGACGAGCAUGAGGAAGAGACAGAUAGAAGAAUAGUUGUGGGAAGAAAUCAGCAGAGCUAUAUUGCAGGACUGGCAGGGAAUCUGUAUGGAUUGAAGGAGAGAAUGAAUACUUGUGGGGCCUCCUUUACCAUCAACUUAAAUCAACUCAAAGAUAUGGGCUAUGUUGCUGAAUGUUUUACUCCAAGCUUUCGCCACUGCCCAUUGGACAAUAAUACUCUGCUUCAUCAAGAACGUGAGAAAGCUAAUGCAAUGGACAACAUAAGAAGAUGUGUAACCAAGAUUAUCGGCAACAAAGGGUUACCCAACUUGAAGGAAAAACCAAGAGACGAGAACGCAGAGAAGAAAGAGACCCACAAAAGUUAUAUAGAUAAGCUGAGAGCGUCUCGGAUGGGGGAGAUUGUGAAAUGGCAGGGCACUGCUAAAAGCACCAAAGUUAACAGACGUUGGACGAUUUUGAACAGGAACAAAGGGUCAUUGAAGGGCACCCCAAGCUCAGAGGAAUAUCUGUUGACAUGCUCGAGUAAGAUGAGCAAAUGGAACAUUACAAAUUGUUCUUCUUCCUCCUCCUCCUCCUCCUCGACUUCAACUUCUUCUUCUUCGUUUCGAGUUCAGAGUAGAAUGGAGAUGCAAGUGGCCCGCAGCUCGGUGACUCGUGUUGCCCCCAAUUGCAGUAAAGAUAUUUGGAUUACUUCCGACUCUGAAUAUGUUGUUUUGGAGAUAUGAGAGAAAUUGAAGACAACAAAGAUGAAGAAAAAGUUUUUCCUCUCUAAGAGAAUUCUCAUGUAAUUUAUAUUUAUAUUAUUGUCAACCAAUAAUUAUUUAGUUAACAAUAUAAUUUUUUAAUGUUAGAAUUAUAUGACCACAAUCAAUUAUAAGGAUGUAUAAAUCUAUAUUUGAAAAUGUAUUUCUAUUCAAGUCAUA